AUCGUUUGGCUCUCAUUUGCCAACAAAUGACCAGUGCAGACAAAUUGAACAGGAAAAGAAGAAGGAAGAGGGGAGUCGACUAUGGUGUUAGCCUCCACACGGGAAGGCGAUGGUGAUGCAAAGCAGGUCCAGAACCACCGACUGUCAGUACCAGUUCUCAAAACACCCUUUUAAGCAUUGUUGGUGUUAGCCGUUGAACGUUGACUUUCGCCUGAUUUCUCUAUUUUUCGAGUUUCACUGCCGAUCUUUGCUCUGUGUUUGAAGAUAUGGCAGAAGCGAUUGUUUCGGUGAUCUUGGAGCAGCUGGCGGCAAUCACAAUCGAUAAAGCACGUGAAGCCUGGAGUCUAGCGAGAGGUGCUGAGGAUGAGGUCAAGAGGCUUGAAAGCAACUUCAAAGCACUCCAGUUGGAGCUUGAAGAUGCUGAAGAAAGAGAAUAUCAGGACAAGCGGGUGAAACACUGGUUAGACAAGUUCAGAGAUGUUUCUUAUGACAUGGAGGAUGUAUUAGAUGACUGGGAAGCUGCAGUCCGGCAGUUGCAGAGAGAGGGGCGUUCAGUUCGAAAAUGGAAGGUAUGUCCCUUUGUUUCAUGCUUUUCUUCUGGUUCCCAAUCUGUUAUGCGUUAUGGUAUUGCUACCAAAAUAAAGGGAAUCAAUGAACAAUUAGACCAGAUUGUUAAUGACAAAGUUAGGUUUGAGUUGAUAAAAAAGGAGAAUAAGGAACACAAGCGGCCACUAGAGACCACUUCUUUUGCGGAUGUUUCGGAGUUGGUUGGUCGAGAUGCAGUAAAAGAAGACAUAAUAAGGAUUUUGCUAUGUGAGGAAAGGUGUCGGAAUGUUCCUAUCAUUACUGUAGUGGGGAUGGGAGGGACUGGGAAAACAGCUCUAGCUCAAUUAGUCUAUAAUGAUUCUAGGAUUCAGACUCAUUUCAGCAAAACAAUAUGGGUUUGUGCCUCGGAACCCUUCGAUCAAAGCCAAAUUGCACGUGCGAUUCUAGCAGACCUUGACAUUGAUGCAUUCGUAUCCCUCAAUACUCCAACGCUACAAAAUGUUUUACGUAUAAUCACUGAAAAGCUUAAAGCAGUGAAAUUCCUUUUUGUUUUUGAUGAUGUGUGGACGGAUGAUGAUCGAGAAUGGCAACCAUUGAAAGCCGUUUUUAAAUACGGGAUGCCUGGAAGUUGGGAUUUUAGUUACAACUCGUAAUGAGUCGGUUGCUAGGCGAAUGGAGUCGUCUCAUGUUGUUCCUUUAGAACUGUUACCUGAGAAGAUGUGUUGGUUGAUACUUGCUCAAAAAGCAUUUAUUGGAAGGAAUCAGGUGAGUUGUGAAAAUUUGGAACACAUUGGGAAGGAGAUUGCAAAGAAGUGUGGAGGUUUACCUCUUGCAGCAAGGACUUUAGGAGGUCUCCUGCAAAACAAACGAGGAAUAGAUGAGUGGCAAAAUGUUCUGAAUAGUGUGAUAUGGAAAUCAGGUUUUGGUAAAGAAAUAUUUUCGCCUCUGUCGUUGAGUUAUUAUGAUUUGCCCUCGCCGAUAAGACGAUGUUUAUCGUAUUGUGCAAUCUUUCCUAACAGCUAUACAAUUAAUAGAGAUGAACUGAUCCAACAUUGGAUGGCUCAAGGUUAUUUGAAUGCCGAUGACAACAAUGUAAGGAGAGAAUUGAAAGGGAAAGAGUACUUUGAGUACUUAACCACCCGUUCCUUUUUCCAGGAUUUUCAAAAGGAUGCUCAUGGCAACAUAAUUUCCUGUAAGAUGCAUGAUCUAGUACACGAGUAUGUCCAGUUUUUGACUGAAGACAGAUUUGUGACGGAAGAGCUGGUAGGAAAUUUGACGUUGGACCUAUCUUCCAGAAAAGUUCGUCAUUUGAGGUUGGUAAUUCGAAAUUGCAAGUCUUCUCCUUUGUGCAUAUAUGGCAUAGAAAAAUUACGAAGCCUUGUGGUAGCCUCUGAUGAUAAAACAUCCGGUGAUGCCUUCCAUGAUUUGAUUAGUCGAUCCAAGCUUCUAAGGUUAUUGGAGUUUGAUUCGUUUCAUCUACGCCCUGAAGAAAUCGUCCUUGGCAUGGACAAUUUGAUUCACUUGAGGUACCUUAGCUUGAUAUCUUGCUCUGGAUUAGAAAAUUUACCUGAAGCAGUGUGUGAAUUGAUUAGUUUACUAUCUUUGAAUCUUAGAGACUGCUUGAAUCUCCAUAAGUUGGCAGUUGGGAUAGGGAAGCUGAUUAACUUGAGGUGUCUUUCUAUCAAGGACUGUCCACGUCUGACUUACUAUCCUAAAGGGAUCAGUAAUUUAGCCUCUCUCGAGUCAUUAAGCGGUAUCAAAGUGAGAAUAGAUCAAAGUGAUGGCGAUCAACUCAGCAUCGGAGAUCUCGAAAAUUUGGACCUCCUAGGAGGAAAUCUUUCUGUUGAGCUGAUAGGAGAUUCAAUAGAUUGGAAUGAAGCUAAGAGAGCCAAGCUUCACAUGAAAAUACAUCUGAAGAGAAUGGAUAUAUGGAUCUGCUCCGGAGAUUUAAAGGAAGACGAGGUACUACAAGCUUUAAACCUGCCAUCCAACUUUCCGGUAGUGCUGUUCGAUUACCGAAGGUGGUUCAACUCUAAUGAUGCUUGCAUAAAGAGGCUGACGAUAAAGGAGAAAAUUAGAGUCUCUCUCUAUGUUCAAAAAGCAGCACUUCAGUUUAUAGAUGCUGCAGUUGGAAAACCGGGACGAUCAACUUCUGCCGAAAGUAGUGAGGAUCCAACCGAUUGAAAAGAAGCACAAAUCAUGUAAAAACUUGCAGAGAGAGGUGAUGUUGAUGGAGAAAAAGAAAGCACGAGGAACGACAUGUUGAAUUUUUGAUGUAUUCAAGUAAUGUGUAUAAUUUGUCUAAAAUUGUAUUUGAUUUAUUUCUCCAAGCAUUUAAUUCAAUAUUUGUAACUUUAUUAUGUGAUUUUGAUUACUACUAGAAUAUGUUCUUUGGAACCAUAUGUUCGAUAUGAAAGGUGACUGAUGUUUUUGCUUA